AGACGACGUUAACACGAACUGAUAAAACACAAAAAGACCACGCAUUGACUACGAACUACUAAUUCAUUGACAUACUCAGUACCGCUUCUCGUCUUGUAUAUAAAGUUCAAAAACCUCAACUAUACUGACCUUUUGGCAAACCCACGAAUUGAGCAUUCUUACAAGUUUACUACUUAGAGAUCAAGAACAGAUUCAACCUAGUCACGUCAGGAUUGGGAGAAAUGGGUUCGAUGGGCAAGGUUGCUUUGCCAGAACAUUGGACAGAGUUGAGCGCGGCCCGAGUGCACAGGCAACAAUGCGCCGACGAAGUGGAUGCCAUCAAGAAGGCGUGUCUAUCAGAAUGCGAAAAAGCAAGCGUGGUGGAAUGCGAAAAGUGUUUCCCCAAGGUCCUUGACAGGAUGCGUGCUCGAUACUGCGAUGCUGAGGGCAGAGAGUGGUUCUCAGAGCGAAGAGCAUUUCUGAACGAACUGGACGUCAUGUUUGCAGAUGUCAAAGAUCACAAGAAGAUCGACCUCACGUCGAUCGAAGACAGUAUCGCAUCGGAAAAAGAGGCAUGGUACCGCUGGGUGCUACGCAUGUAUCCGCAGUUCCUCUCAGUAGGAGAAGGCGGGGCAGAUCAAGACGAGCUGCGAGCAAUGCUAGACGAUCCGGUUAAGCGCUGGGAAGAGCUCACUGAGAGGAUAUGGGAGGGCGUUGGCAAGCCAGCUAACUGGGAAGCCGACGUGGACUCACUUACCGAUCAAAUCACAGCAGCCAAAAACGACGCAGCAUCGUUGAAACAGAUCUAUAUCGAUUUCUUCUUCAAGGAUUCGCAAACGGGAGAGGUGGUGGAAAAUGCGCAGCAAUACCUCGAAGCAUAUGUGGCCAGCGACGCGAUGUCCAUUGAGCAAGUCAUUGAUCGGAUCUCACAAGAUCACAAAGCGAGCCUUACGACGGAACCGCAACGUGAGCAUCACAAAAACCGACUGGAUGAGCUGCGCAGAGCAAAGAUGGCAUUUGAGCAGAACAGGCUUCAGAAUAAGACUCGAGCCCAAGCAAGCCAGACGCCCGCUGUUUCCCAGGACUUAUAUAACCUACCACCAUGUGCGGUUUGUGCGGCUACAGUGGACUCCAAGGAUGUUCUCUCAUGCUCGGUGUGCCAAGCACUUGCCCACAUGGGUGGCACGAGGGAACUGACAGUUUGGUGCUCGGAUGAAUGCUUCGAAAGGGGUGUCGGCGACCACAACGAAUUGGAGCACGACUGCGAGAGCGGAGAUAGAUGUGUGCAGUAUGAGGAUGAAGACAUCGAAAUGCAGGACUGGACUAGUACCGCCGUGGCGUGCAAGGAAUGCAUUGAUCAAAAGAGGGAUACCAUAUACUGUUCGAUAGGAUGCGCAGCAUCCAAUCUUGCGAAGCACAGACACGAAAGACAUGGACUUAAGACGGCUGCGUAUGAGAUUAAGAAGCUGGCAGUGCCGCUAUGGGAAAUCGUGGAAAAGACUCUGAAGGAGGCAAACCCGGGGCUGAAGUAUACAGUGGUUGAAUGAGGGUAUGUGUGUAUGUAUAUGUGCUGUAUUAUUAUUUGGGCGUUAGCAUAUGCUUUGAUAGGCGAGUCAGAGAGCGAGAGAGAGCGCGGGCUGAAGUCCAUUUUCCUACAUUUUUUCGGUUCUUCUUUGUUCUGUUUUUCUGGAACAUGACUCCAAAUACAAUACUCACUCUCACUGGCUGUA